UAGAUUUUAUUUUAUUUUUGUUAGGGGAUGGGGAUCCUGGUGUAUAAUAUUCAUUCAGUGCUCACAAAUUCAUUGAUUUGCAAAAGGACCCCUUCAGCUAAAUUUCGUCUUCUCCAGGUGCACUUUGUCUCACCGCCACACCAUCAUACUUCCAGUUCCAGCACAACCUUGGGGAGGAUGGCCCAGCCUGCACAGAACCCAGUGGUUCAGCCACAGAAAGUAUUAGUACCAAAUAAGCAUGGCGAAAAACUCGUGGGCUUAUUGCAUGAAACCGGAUCUGUGGAGAUUGUAAUCUUAUGCCAUGGUUUCCGAUCCACAAAGGAUAACAAUAUAAUGGUGAACCUGGCAGUUGCUUUGGAAAACGAAGGAAUCAGUGCCUUCCGUUUUGACUUUGCUGGAAAUGGAGAAAGUGAGGGUUCAUUUGAAUAUGGAAAUUAUCGGAGAGAGGCAGAUGAUUUAAGUUCUGUAGUCCAACAUUUCACUGGAGCAAACCGUGUAAUUGGUGGAAUUCUUGGACAUAGUAAAGGCGGGAAUGUGGUGCUUGUGUAUGCUUCUAAGUAUCAUGAUAUCCAUACAGUUGUCAAUGUUUCCGGGCGUUAUGAUAUGAAGAGAGGCAUUUCAGAGCGUUUGGGAGAAGACUUUAUGCAAAGAAUCAAGGAGGAAGGAUUUAUUGACGUUAAAAAUAAGGAUGGAAGUGUGAACUAUCGUGUAACCUCGGAAAGUUUGACAGAACGCAUAACAACUGAUAUGCACAAUGCAUGUCUUCAUAUUGACAAGGAUUGCAGGAUCCUGACAGUCCAUGGAUCUGCUGAUGAAAUUAUCCCUGUUGAAGAUGCUUACGAGUUCGCCAAGAUAAUACCAAAUCACAAAUUGCGCAUCAUAGAAGGAGCCGAUCAUGGAUACGGCAAUCAUCAAGCUGAGUUGGCCACUGCUGUUUUGGAGUUCAUAAAGUCAUGCCUGCAGCAGGAAAAGACAGCUUCAAGCUAGAAGCUUUUCUUGUCCCUUCGCUAUUAAUGAGUAUACUUUGUGAUGUGGCUUUUGCUGACAAAUUUGGUUCCAAAUUGUUGUGUUGAGUUUGGAAGGCUAAAUGCUUGUGAAUUCUCUGCUAAAUUAUAGUCAGGAAUGUUAAAGAACUCCAAUAUGCAUUGUCUCAAUAAAACUGCGGUUUUUUUUGUUUA